CUGCGGAGGACGAGGCUGUAGGUGCAGAACGGAGCGUUGUGCCAUCAAGUGCAGGAGACUCUCGCGGAAGAUCGGCUGCAACGGCUCUUGAUCUCAUCUCAGCUGCGAAGUCUGUAAUCGAUUUAUCAACGACAACAUGAUGACCUUCCGCCCAGCUGGCCUUUUAUUCCUGGCUCUUGCCUGUGUCAUUCUCGUCACCGUUCAUGAAACGGAGGCGGCGCCGUCGUGCGGGGCAACCAGGAACCACGUCGACGAGUCCACCUGCAAGCACGGCACCGUGGAGGACUGGUGCCGCAACCGCGUCUGUGCCAAGGGCCCCGGCGAGGAGUGCGGCGGCGAGUGGGGCGAACUCGGCAAGUGCGGCGGCGGCAUGUACUGCUCGUGCGGCUUCUGCUCGGGCUGCAAUACCAACCUGGAGUGCUGGUUCGGCCACUUCUGCUAGGGCUUCCGCCUCUGCCACAGCCCGGCCGCUUCUCCCUCCCCCGCUUCCUCCUUGGACUCCCCUCGCUGCCCGGGUCCAAGGGCCGCCCCACCGUCGAGCUGAACGUGGGCGGGCCGCCUCGGGUCGCACUCGGGCCCUUCCAUCAGGCAGGAAUGGAAGGCCUCGUCAGGUCGUCCACUAAAAACGGUCUCGGUGGCGACCCUCUCCCUACAGUACCUCGACCGCCGCCGGGAAGACGACCACAGUUCACUUUUGUUCUGUAUCCUCUCACUUCUAUAUUGUUCUGUGAGAGGAGAACAUAAGUAAAUAGAUACAUACAUACGUACAUAUGUCCAUAUAUUUGUGUGUGUAUGUUUAUAUAUAUAUGUAUAUAUAUAUAUAUGUAUAUAUAUGUGUGUAUAUAUAUAUACACCAUUGUAUGUAUAUAUAUACAUUUAUGUACAUAUAUGAUUAUAAUCUUAAAUCAAAAUAUGUAUGAUAAUCCUAUACAAAACAUCUUUUUUAGAAAAAAUACAUAUAUAUAUACACACACACACACACACACAACUAAACUUACAAAUAAAGGAUCAUCUUUUGAUGUUCUCCCAUGUGAUAAAGAAGUACAAAUAAAAUUAGUUGGUUAAAGA